UGAUCGAAUCGCGUACGCUUCCGUCCCACGGAUCACAAGCCGGCGCACAAACUCUUCCGCCACAAUUUGCCCCAAGCGCGACGCUUUAUUUUGCGUCUAAAGCAACUAGCCUCCUCCAGGACUGUCCCAGGAACACUUUUGGCAUUUCGCUAGUGCCUGGAUCAACAGCAAGCGCAAGGUUUUUCUCGCAGUGGCGGGAGAGGAGAACAGAGACAAAAUCCCACGAGACCUAAAGCCAUAGUGUUGUGUUGACGCAGUCUAUCCAUUGGGAAGACUGGGCAGUUCUCGCAGUCAGGCUCAACUAGACAGACACCCUAGCAAGCCUAGGUACCUUAGUCUUAAAGGCAUUCCAGCUUAGAAUUUCAGUCUCGACCCAAUCACAGCCACCGCUCAACUUAGACUUACGGCACCCAUGGCAUCGCUCAACGUCAUCGCCCUUGUCUCGGGAGGCAAGGACAGCUUCUAUUCGCUGCUGCACUGCCUUGCUAACGGCCAUCGGGUUGUGGCCCUGGCUAACCUGCACCCUCCACCCCUCCCGGCUGACAAGGCCGACGCCGACCUCAACAGUUUCAUGUACCAGACGGUCGGCCACGAAGUGAUCCCGCUGUAUGCAGACGCCACGGGGCUUCCACUCUACCGUCACGCCAUCACCGGUGGCGCCGGGGAUUCGAGAAGGGACUACGGCGGGUUUGUGGCGCACCACGAUGAGGACGAGACCGAGAGUAUGGUACCGCUGCUGAGGAGGGUUAUGGCCGCUCACCCAGAGGCCAACGCGGUUUGCGCCGGCGCCAUACUCAGCACCUACCAGCGCACGCGCGUAGAGUCAGUGGCGCUGCGGCUGGGGCUUGUGCCGCUCGCGUACCUGUGGAAGUACCCAGCCAUCGCGGGGCCUGCGUCACUUGGCCCUGUCCUCGGCGGCGACGGCGCCCACCUACUGCGAGAUAUGGCGGCUGCCGGUCUUGAGGCACGCAUAGUCAAGGUGGCGAGCGGCGGCCUUGAUGAAGAGUUUCUCUGGGAGGACGUCGCUAGCCUCAAGGGCGUUGCGAGGCUCGUGAGGGCCAUGUCUCGAUUCGGGUGCGGAACCGCCGGAGAUGGCGCCGUACUGGGUGAAGGUGGUGAGUUCGAGACCUUGGUUGUUGACGGACCCGGGUGUCUGUUCAGAAAGAAGAUUCUCGUCCAAGAUCAAGACAAGAGGGUCAUCAAGGAAGGCGGCGGCACCGCGUGGCUUCGCGUAGCCAAGGCUGAGGUUGUGGAAAAGCCCGCCCAAGACGAUGGUGAUGAUGGGCUGGAGAAGCUUCGAUCUCUGGUCAGAUUUCCUAAGCUGCUGGACGAGCGAUUUUCUGGGGUCUUGGCAGCCGUUUCCUCGGCGUCUAGCGAAGCAUCUGGCCUGGUCCAAGACCAGAAGAAUCUCGAUAACUGGCCUGGAAGCAACACGCUCGGCCAUGGCUGCUCCAGACUCGAGCAGUGGAAUUUCGUGGCGGGCACGGGCACUGCCUCGUCUGUCGUAGAGGAAACUCAAAUCAUCACGGAUAAGAUUCGUGGGCGUCUGACCGCGCGGGGAAUGUCUGCCACCAACAUAAUCUCGGCAACUAUAGUUCUACGGCGCAUGGCCGACUUUCCUGCUGUCAACGCCGUAUAUGGCCUUCUCUUUGUAGCCCCGAAUCCGCCUUCUCGAGUCACCAUAUCGAGUGGGGAUCUGUUGCCUUCGGGCUGCGAUAUCUAUAUUUCCUUGUCCAUUUUGGACGUGCCAAACCCAGCGAUUAUGGACACGAGUGUGAGGGAUGGCCUGCAUGUGCAGUCCCGUUCUUACUGGGCACCGGCCAACAUUGGUCCCUACAGUCAAGCCAUAACAUUGCCCCUUAGUAUCAUUGCACAGCCCAAUACGAGGCGUCAUCAAGGUGAUGAUGCAGUAAUAUCAAACCAGUCAUCGGCCUCAGGUUCCAGAAUAGUUCUCAUCGCUGGCCAGAUUCCCCUCAUCCCUGCAACUAUGGAGCUUCCCCGUCCUGUUGAUCAAGACACCGAACUCGAUGCCUUCACAUUCAACGCAACACUGUCGUUGCAGCAUCUCUGGAGGAUAGCCCAGGACAAGGAUGUACAGUGGUGGAGCAGUGCUGUGGCAUAUGUUUCAAAAACUGACAAUGUGGAGACUGCUCAACGAAAGGCGAUUGCCGCUGCCACAGUGUGGGCCAAGGCUCACGAUGUUGGAGGAGAUGGUGAUGAUGCAAGCGAUGACGACAGUGGCCCUGACAUUUGGGACAGAAAGUAUAAUCCAGCUUUCAUGGAUUACAAGGGUCAGCAGGACCAAAGCAGCUGCAAUCUUCCCGACUUUGAAGUCAUCAACCAGCCAAGCACCAUGGGGCAACCAGUGCAAGCCGUGACCACUGUGCCUCCUUUCUUCCUGGCCGAGGUUGAGGAGCUUCCACGCCAGUCGGAUGUCGAGUGGCAUGCCCAAGCCGGUUUUUCGAACCUCGAGGCCCGAAGUGUUACUUUGCGCAGCCUCUCGACGCCAUCGAGUGAGGCUUCUGGCCAGCGGUCAAGGUCUUGGGACGCCCAUCAGACUCUUGUCAAGAUUCGGGAAUCAGCUUUUGUUCAAACCUCUGUGGCUAUCAAGCGUGGUGCCACACUGGGAGAUACACAUAUCGCUGCCGAGUCUCUUGCGGAUGAUAUAAGGUCUGUCGUGCGUUUGCUAUCACAACCCGCGGCUAGGAGCGAAUCCAAUUCUGAUAUGCCACUCGAGGAUAAAACCAAUGAUUACCAACUCCUGUAUUUCGACACGUCACUCGCUACUGUUUCUCAACUGGCCGAAUCAUGUACGGUCAUCCCCUGUCGGUCAUUAUGGAAUGGUCGAGGCGAGCGGGUAGCUGCCGUUGCUUUUAGCAGGCAAGUGAUGAGCAUUGAUAACUAGCUAUCAAAAAGUUGUUUGCUCGAUAAAAGAACAAAAAAACAACAAGAAUCUAGAUCUAUUCAGGUCUAAGGUCUUUUGUAUGGAUAUCCCGUUGAUGAUGACACACUUCUUUAUCCAAGUUCUAUUGCUCCUUGGCCAGUCAAAGCUGUGCACAUCAUAUAACCAACAACGGCUUUUAUAAUAAAGAGGACUUGUUCCCAGACACGAACCCAGGGGGUUCGAUUAGAGCCUUUGUUGCGUCCGAUCCUUUAGAGACUUCCAGAAUUCGCAUCUGCUGAUCUCGUCCAAAGGAACCUGCUCCAUGCGUGUAUUGUUCGUCUCCAAAACCAGCCUUACACGGCUGUUACUCCCCGCGGUGCUGUUUGUGCCAUUCCUGUAUAUAUACGAUUCCCAGGUCGGCGCAUCGGCAUUCUUGAGUACGUUGGGCGACAGGGUCUUGACAAAGGAUAUCCAGUAGUCCAUGACAACGGGUACGAUCGGAGCGUUGUAUGUUUUGUAGCUGGCCGGCGCCUGGCCAAGGACACUGUCCGGACCGAACACAGCCCCGACCUCGGCUGUGUGCUGAACGCCAAGACCGCGGGACACAGCCUCCUUGUCUUGGACGUUGUAGCGGUAAGCCCAGGUCUUGUUCCUGCUGUUGGGAAAGUUGGAAGACACGUCAUCCAGCACGUUGACCGUGGGGCAGAUAAAUGUUGCUUCGCCAUAGGCCUUGGAUGUCGAUGGAAACCAUGGCCUGUGCUGGGGGAGCGAGGACAUUAACGGGUAGCGAUCUGCAAUGUCCUCGAGGUCCCGCUCCCGCAAACUGGGGUAGUUGUUGUGCAGAAACUCGAGCAUCUCAUCCUUUGUCUCGGCAUUGAAGCCGAAGACGGAGCCCUCUUUGACAGCAAAAUGUCAGCUUGGCGUGAUAAACAGGGUUUUGGGACAUCGGGCUCAUCUCACCGUCGCUAGUUGCUCCAACCAUCAAGGGGACGUCUAUGUUCUUUCCCUCAUCAAACAUGUCGUAGGGCAGCUUCCUGAUCAGAUCGCCGUCGAUACACGGCGUCCAGUAGAAAAGGGGUAGCGGGGGUUGGGUCCUCCCCGGGAAAGGCGACGCUUUGUUGGCCGCCUGGAGAGCCAGUGUGCUUUUCCCUCUAAGGCAGGUCAUAUUUCGGUCAGGCCCGCCAUUGCAACCGACGCCCUUCACCAGGCGGUCGAACUGCCACUCGAGAUCGGAAAGAUACGGCUGGGCGGGGAAGAACAUGGACUCCACGAUAGCCCCGGUAAAUAGCUUAUCGUCACGACCGCCAUACGCAGCCAGUUGGAGCGCGGCCGAUCCGGCGCCUGCCGAGAGGCCUGAGAUAACAACGUGGUUGGGAUCCCCGCCGAACUGGAAAAAGGCCCGCAGGUCAGAUUUGUCCUCUCGGGAAGUACGUCAAUAGCUAAGAAUCUUGGAAUUACCUUGGAAAUAUGCUUUUGGAUCCACUCCAUCAGUAAUCGCUGGUCGAGCAGGCCCGUAUUCAGAUCGCCAUCUUUCUUGACCUGCUCGCCGGCGAGGAACCCAAAGAGGCCGACUCGGUAGUUGAAGUUGACAAAUACUAUGCUCUUGUUGC